GCGGGCUACGGAAUCCGAGGGGUUCGGGACCUCGACCGCGGAAGUGUGAGCAUGUCGGCUGGGCUGGGCUUCUAGCUCUCGCGGCUCCUCCUCGCUCCCCGCCCACCCCGCGUCCCUAAGACGCUGCGGUCGCAGUUCCGGCCGAACUGCCGCCUUACUCCAGCCCCUGGCGAGGUCUCCGCUGCGUGUGCUCCGCGCCGUCAGUCCAGCUCGUGCGGGGAUCCCGGCUGGCCGGAUCCGGGCGCCGCACUCACGGCGGCUCCGCCUCAGGCGCCGAGCGGGCAGGAGCCCGCGUCCCCGGCGGACGGCGUCAUGAGGAACCUGCCGUACUUCUGCCGCGGCCAGGUGGUGCGCGGCUUUGGCCGCGGCUCCAAGCAGCUGGGCAUCCCCACGGCCAAUUUUCCAAAACAAGUGGUAGACAGUCUUCCAGCUGAUGUAUCCACUGGCAUUUAUAAUGGUUGGGCCAGUGUGGGAAGUGGAGAUGUCCAUAAGAUGGUGGUGAGCAUAGGAUGGAACCCAUACUACAAGAAUGUGAAGAAAUCCAUGGUAAGAAUCACAUUUGUGCUGUAUUAAAUGCACACAAACACAUC